AAGAUCUGCAACGAAGUAGAAACAUUAUUCCGCGAAAUGGUUAAAGAAUUUGAUCAAUUUUCUACGAUAGACUAUUUCUUUUUCGCAAUAACUUUCUUUAGUUCUGGCGCGAUCGGUUUGUACCAUGGAUGUAAGUCGCGGAAGAGGGCCAAUACUCGAGAGGAAUACCUCCUUGGAGGACGUAAGAUGGGCCUUCUGCCCGUAACAGCAUCCCUUGUGGCAACGGCCGUUUCUGGAACCGCUGUCCUAGGGCAACCGGCUGAAGUUUAUGGAUACGGAACACAGGCUUGGAUGAUAGGAUCUGGACUUUUUGUUGUAUCCGCAAUUGUGCCUUCAACAUUCUUGCCUGUAUUCGUGGAAAUAGGAGAAUUGUCGAGUUUUAAGUAUUUGGAAUUGCGCUUUAGCCGAACAGUGAGACUCUGCGCGAGUUUUCUGUACACAGUAACUUCCUUAUUAUACUUGCCAGUGACUAUCUACGUCCCUGCACUGGCUUUUCAGCAAGUUACUGGACUCAAUGUACAUCUCACUGCUGGCCUAUUGACCCUCUUGUGCGUCUCGUACACUGCUGUGGGUGGCAUCAAGGCAGUGGUGUGGACAGAUGUCCUGCAGAUCACUUUCACAAUCGUGGCUUCAGUGACUGUGGCCAUUGUGGGAGUGAGGCAGGUUGGGGGAUUCCAUAAAGUCUGGGAAGCUGCUGAACGCGGAGGAAGACUGGUAUUUUUCAAUUUCAACCCAGAUCCUACAAUUCGACAUUCUUUCUGGCAAUAUCUUUUAAGUUUACAAAUAUUGGAGAUUUAUCAAUUUGGCCUCAACCAAACCAACAUUCAGCGCUUUUUGGCACUUUCUGACCUUCGAAAAAUGCGUAUUGCCAUUUGGGGCCUUGCGUUCUUCUUCUGUUCAAUCUUCUUCCUCUCCCAAUUCAUUGGAAUCAUUGUCUAUGCCACUUACGAGACCUGUGACCCCUUUAGAGCGGGUCUCAUUAGGAAAAUCGAUCAAAUAGUGCCCCAUUUUAUCGAACACAGUGCAAGAAUAUUUCCCGGAUUUACUGGAAUUUUCAUUGCGGGAAUUUUUUCAGCCAGUCUAUCCACAACCUCAUCCAUUCUAAACACCCUCAGUGGCAUCAUUUUCGAUGAUUUCCUGCUCAAUAAGUUCAGGAAUUCGUCUGAAGCUACAGCCAACAAUAUUGUGAAGCUUUUGGUAGUUAUUUUGGGGAUCAUGCAGAUAUUAUUGCUGCUAGCGAUCGAAAAAAUGGGCACAAUCUUCAAUAUGACAGCUCAGUGCAUGACUUUGACCGGUGCAUCCCUUCUGGGAAUGUUUGUCCUAGGCAUGCUCUGCCGAGGGAUAAAUAGUAAGGGUGCUCUUGCUGGAUCCAUUGUUACCGUUUUGGUUAUUUUAACUCUUAUAAUUGGAGGACAGUACAAAGAACCAGAUCCAUUCCUUCCUCUACGAACUGACGGAUGUCAAUUGGAAAUGUUCAACUCAACUUCCUUCCAAAGUUUCAAUCAACCGAUUGAAAAACCUAGAAAUGUUCCUUGGAUAUUCAAAAUUCAUUUCCUCUACUACUAUCUGAUAGGAUUCACCCUCAAUCUCUCAAUUGGAUACAUUGUGAGUGUUCUAACCGGAGGAAAUCCGUCAAUGGAUGAGAAACUCCUUGCAAAAUUCUUGAGGAAGAAAGAUGUAAGAACCACUGAGGAGGAGGAUCGUCUCAAAACAGAAGAAAAUGAAAUUGGGAAAAUUUUCAAUUCCAGGAGACAGUAAUGAAUCUUAAAAUAAAGUAAAUAAGAUAAUAAAUAAAAUUCAUUAUAAAAA